UGUCACCGUAGCUGGGCCGUAGCUGGGCAACUCAACUACGGUCUCAAAAUUCUAAAACACUUCAGGUAAUCAUCAGACAUGUAGGAUGCAAACUAAUGAUGAGUGCGCAUCUUUACAAGGAAGGCUGGGAGAGUUACCUGGGCUCCAGGUUAGAAAGAGCCCAGGUGGUCCUGGUGGACCACAUAGAGGAGAUUCAGCUGCAGCUGGACAAAAAGUUUCAAUGUAUGGAGAUGGAGCUCCAUACAAACAUCAACAACACUCCAAUCGUCCAGAUGUGCUCCAUGGAGAACACAACCAGAAAGGUUAUGGCUGAGAAGCUGCAGCAGGGGGACAUACAAAGAGGAAGUGCCGAUAGAAAGAGACAGAUGAAUGGAGGAGAGAUAGAGAGCAAGAAGACUCUGAGAGAGAAGGUGGAAAUGCAAUGGGCAAAAGAGAGACGGGAGGAAGAGCUGUGGAGAACGGAGAAAAGGAUGAAAGAUGCAGAAAGACUGAGAGAGGAAACGAGACGAGGAAAGGAGGUUGCAAGUCAACAAAAGAAGGAGCAAAGAUUGAGAGAGCGAGAGAGUCAGAUCACCACACAGAUUAUUAAAGAAAGAGCGAGAUUACUGGAACAAGAGAAUGUUAGAGAAAGAAUGGAGCGCGACAGACAGACAGAGGAAAGCAGACUGAAAGAGUUGACUAAAGACAUUGAGAGAGAGAAAGAGAGACUCCUGGAUGAAGAGUGGAAAAGAGAAAAUGUGGAGAAUGAGAGAAAGAGAGAGGAGAAGAAGUUGAAUGAGUUAGUCAAAGUAAUUCUGAAGGAGAAAGAGAGAUUGACUGAGCAGGAGAGGAAAAUGGAAAAAGUGCAGAGCGAGAGACAGAGAGAUGAAGACAGACUGAGAGAGUUGGUCAAAGACGUUCUGAAAGAGAAAGAGAGACUUAUUGAUGAAGAGAGGAGAAGAGAAAAGGUGGAGAAUGAGAGAAAGAGAGAGGAAAAUAGACUGAAUGAGUUGGCCAAAGACGUUCUGAAAGAGAAAGAGAGACUUAUUGAUGAAGAGAGGAGAAGAGAAAAGGUGGAGAAUGAGAGAAAGAGAGAGGAAAAUAGACUGAAUGAGUUGGCUAAAGUAUUGGAGAAGGAGAGAGAGAGAGUCUUUGAGGAACAAAAGAAAAUGGAAAAAGUGCAGAGUGAGAGACAGAGAGAUGAAGACAGACUGAGAGAGUUGGCCACAAAUCUUCAGCAGGAGAAAGAGAGACGUAUCGAAGAAGAAAAGAAAAGAAAAAAGUUGGAGAUCAAGAGAAAGAAAGAGGAGGACAGACGGAUCGAGCUGAUCAAAGCAGCUGAGAAAGAGAGAGAGAAACUUUUGGAAGAAGAGAAAAAAAGAGACCAGCUGGAGAUGGAGAGCAAACAACUAAGGGAGGUAAUCAUCACCCUGGAAAAACAAAAAGAGUGGAUGAUAACAGAGGAAAAGAAGAGAGAAACCAUAGAGAGAGAGAGAAAACGAGAGGAAAACAGACUGAGAGAGUUGGUCACCGCAAUAGAAAAGGCAAAAGAGAGACUGGUAGAAGAAGAAAGAAAGAGAGAAAAUGUUUGGAGUGAGAGAAAGAGAGAAGAAGGCCUGUUAAAAGAGUUGGCCGUAGCUUUUGAGAAAGAGAAGGAGAAACAGAGGGAAGAGGAGCAGAAAACAAAAAAGCUGGAGGCUGAGAGACAGAGACAGGAGGACCAUGUCAGAGAGUUGGCUCAAAUAGUUGAGAAUGAAACAGCAAAGCUGGAAUAUGUAGAGGGAAAAAGAGAACUGCUGGUGACAGAGGCCAAGAGAAUGGCAGACCGAUUGAGAAAGUUACUUGCAGCAAUUGAAAGGGGGAAAGAAAGAUUAAUUGAGGAAGAAGUUAAGCUACAAGAGGUGGAGACUGAGAGAAAGAAAGAGGAGGACAGGUUAAGAGCGAUGAUCAUGGCUACUGAGAAAGACAAAGCAAGACUGAGGGACGAUGAAAGUAAGAGACUACUAAUGGCAGGCGAGAGAAGGAGAGAAAAAGAUCAAUCAAAGGAGUUGACCACAGUAACCGAGAAAGAGAACCUGAUGGAGAGAGACAGAGAUAAAGAGGAAGACUGUCUGGCUGAAUUGAAGAGAGGCAUACAGACAUACAGAAUACAACAAGAGGAUGUUAUGACAAAAGAAAUGGGGAGAGACAGAAGGCAAGAAGAUUCAUUGAGACAUUUUGAAACCGAAAGGUCCAAAGACAAGGAGCGACUGAUUGAAGAGCAGAAAAGAGAGGAAAUGGAAGAGAAUGAAACAGAAAAACAAAAAAACAAAAAUGACACAGAAAAACAAAAACAGAGAGAGAAGGAGCUUGAGGCUGGGAGAGAAAGACAGAAAGAAGCGACCAAGACAACAGACACAGACAGCCAGAGCGCAAAGGAAGAAAUAGUAAGAAAGGAAGAAAGGACAAACAAUGAACUUGAAGGGGUGACGAAGGCAAAGGCAGACAGACCGAAUGAGUUUAACCUCUCAGUGGACAUAGAGACAGAGAGACUGGCGGAAGGAAAUGGGAAGAGGGAAGAGAUAGAGAGAGAAGGCGAGAGACAAGACACAAAGCAGAAAGCAGAAGUAACAAAGAUGGACGAGGAGCUGGAAAUGGAGAGAAUGAGACUAGUGGAGCAGAGGAAGAAAGACCUGGAAAUUCAGAGGCAAGAGAUGGACAGAAAGUGGCAAGAGAGGGUGAAGGAAUUAAACACCAAGUGGCAAGAAAUUGAGAGGCAAAACCAAGAACAGAGAGAGAAAGAGCUUGAAACGGCGAGCAGAAGAGAGAUUGAAACACUGAAAGACAUGGAAAUAAAAGAGACAGACAGCCAAGGACAGGGAGAAGAAAUGGAAGAAGGAAAGAAGUGUGAGUCUGUGAAAGUGGAGUCCGAAGCUAAAAAGAAAAUGGAAUUGGAGAAGAAAAAUGCACAUGAGAGGCAAGAAGAAAUGAAAAAGAAACAGGAGGAAAGACAGAGAAUGGCAGAAAAGAAACAGAGAGAGAAAGAGCUGAAAAAGAAGGAGGAAGAAAGUCAAAGAAUGGCAGAAAAGAAACAGAGAGAGGAAGAGCUGAAGAAAAAACAACUGGAGGAAGCCAAACAGAAAACGCUCCAGAAACAGAGCGAUGAAGACAAAAGGAAGAGGGGGGAGAUGGAAAGACAGAAAAACAAUAACGCCAAGCACCUCCAGACGAAAGCCAAAGAGAAACCAUUUCCAAAGUGCAAAGACUACUCCAUCUUCUGUGUCCAGAAGUGACAUCUGAUUAUUGAGUGUUUGGGCAGGUGGAUAGACAUAGACAUUAUACAAUAAUGAAAAAUA